CCCAAGAAAAGAAAAUAUCUCUUUGUUUAACAGCACCUUCAUAUUUCCCAAGUGCAACAUUGCCAAUAAGUUCCAACUAAAGAUGGGAGAACCAACAAAAAGGUAUGCAGUGGUGACAGGAUCAAACAAAGGAAUUGGAUUUGAGAUAGUAAGGCAGUUAGCUUCAGAUGGAAUCAAAGUUGUGCUGACAGCAAGAGAUGAGAAAAGAGGUCUUCAUGCUUUGGAAACACUCAAAGCUUCUGGUCUUUCAGAUUUUGUUUUAUUUCAUCAACUAGAUGUUGCUGAUGCUUCAAGUGUAGCAUCUCUUGCAGAUUUUGUCAAAUCCCAUUUUGGCAAACUUGAUAUUCUGGUUAACAAUGCUGGGAUUAGCGGGGUUGAAGUUAAAGACCGUGAUUUAUUCACUUCUGCAAUCAUGACGAGUGGGGCACUACCUGAUGAAGAAUUGAGAAGGGCAGUAACACAAACAUAUGAGUCAGCUAAAGAAUGCAUUCAAAUAAAUUAUUAUGGGGCAAAAAGAGCAUUUGAAUACCUUCUUCCCCUCCUUCAAUUAUCUGAUUCACCAAGAGUAGUCAAUGUAUCAUCAUUUUUGGGCAAGAUAGAGUUAGUAUCAAAUGAAUGGGCUAAAGGAGUCUUCAGUGAUGUUGAAAACCUUACAGAAGAAAGAAUAGAUGAAGUGUUAGAGGAGUUUAUCAAAGAUUUUGAAGAAGGUUCCUUAGAAAGUAAAGGUUGGCCUAGGUUUGCAGCUGCCUAUACUGUUGCUAAAGCUUCUAUGAAUGCCUAUACAAUAAUUCUUGCAAAGAAAUAUCCGAAUUUCUGCAUCAAUUGUGUUUGCCCUGGUUAUGUUAAGACUGAUAUGACUACUAAUACUGGUAUAUUGACAGUUGAAGAAGGAGCUACAAAUCCUGUUAGGUUAGCACUACUUCCCAAAGGUAGUCCAUCUGGCCUUUUCUAUAGUCAGAACGGAAUCGCUUCAUUUUGAUUAAUAUUAUUUAGAGAAUGUUCACAAGUGUCCUUAGGGUAGUGUUUACGUAAUCCAAAUUGGUAGUUUUUGUAGAGAAAAUGAUGUAUUUAAUACUUUGAUUGAUGUUUGACUUGUAUCUCCAAGACAAAUUUUCAUUUUUUCUUAAUUCCUUAAACAAUUUCCUUACAGCA